GCGUCUCCCGCAGCUGCAAACAUGGCCGGUCAAGCACCCGCUUUCCGGUCCGAUAAGGGCCAUUCACAUGGACAUCACCACCAUCCACCCCCCCGCCUACAUCUGGUGCACGCAAUUGAGUAGGGUUCAUAGACGGCAACGCAAGUGUUGCUCUAAGCGCCUUCCUCUCCACCUCAAUUGGUUGUUGGCUCACGACUGCAAGUACAUUUGAGUGUUCCGACCGACUGGACAGACCCAUCAAGCUUGCUCGGAUACAAUAUCACGCGCUACAAUGGGUAGCUUCACACCUAAGCAGUCUCUGACUGUGCUCGACAAUCGCACUGGAAAUUCUUACGAAGUGCCUAUCAAGAACAAUGCCAUUCAAGCCACGGCUUUCACUCAGAUGAAGGCGACGCCUCAGGCCGUCUUUGGGGCUCAAGACAGGCCAGAGGAUGAGACAGAGAAGGGCAUUCGGGUGUCGGAUAGCGCAUACACCAACACUGCGGCCGUCACCAGCAGCAUCACCUUCAUCGAUGGUGGACGAGGCAUUUUGAGGUAUCGCGGAUAUCCCAUCGAGCAGUUGGCGAGAAAGAGUCACUUUUUGGAGAGCGCAUAUCUGCUCAUCUACGGAGAGCUUCCUACCGCUCAGCGAUACGAUGCGUGGAGCAACGAAGUGCUGCACCACACCUACCUGCAUCAUGAUGUGGAGCACGUCAUGAGCAGCUUCCGCUACGACUCGCAUCCAAUGGCCAUGCUCAUCAGCGGCUUUGCGGCGCUUGGCGCUUUUGCACCCGAGGCGAACCCCUCUUUGCAGGGUCAAAAUUUAUACUCGAAUGCUGCCAAGGGCAACGUCGAGGCUCUGGCUCAGAUGGACAAGCAGAUCAUGCGCCUGAUUGGCAAGGCGCCUACGCUCGCCGCGGCCACGUACCGUAACCGCCAAGGCAGACCCUUCAAUCGCCCUCCCACCGGGCUGUCCUACUCUGGCACCUUCUUGUACUGUCUGGACCAACUGAGCGAACACCAGUACAAGCCCAAUGCCGUGCUGGAGAGAGCGCUCGACAUUCUCUUCCUGCUCCACGCAGAUCACGAGAUGAAUUGCAGCACCGCUACGAUGGUUCAUGUCGGCAGCAGUCUUGUCGAUCCUUACUCCGCUGUUGCCGCUUCUUGUGCCGCUCUGUACGGACCUCUGCAUGGUGGUGCCUCUGAAGCUGUUGUACGUCAGCUCAUCGAUAUCAAUGGGCCGGAGAACGUACCCAAGUUCAUCGAGCAAGUCAAACGCAAGGAACGCAACUUGGCGGGCUUCGGUCAUCGCGUUUAUCGCACUACCGACCCUCGAUCGACCAUCAUCAGAGAAGUUGCUGAGCAAGUCUUCUCGGUCACGGGCCGUUCCAAGCUGCUGGACACUGCAUUGGCUUUGAGAGACGCUGCGGAGAAGGAUGACUACUUCAAGUCGCGCAACCUUCACGCCAACGUUGACUUCUUCUCGGGCAUCAUUUACCAGCAGAUGGGCUUCCCGCUCGAUUUCUAUCCUGUCCUCUUCGCAGUUCCCCGAGUGGUGGGCUGGCUUGCGCACUGGCGUCAAGCCAUGCUCUCACCAAGCCAAAGAAUUUGGCGACCCAAGCAGAUCUACAUCGGAGCGAGCGAGCGCGACUAUGUGGACGUGAAGCAGCGUGAAGAGGCGAGGGAGCCCAAGUAUGGAAGCGGACCCGUCUCUGUUGCGCACGGCGGCGAUUCAAAGAGGCGUCAUUUGGCCACUUACCUCGAUGAGACUGGCAAGCUCCACGCUCGCAGCAAGUUGUAAAAGUACUCUCGAACCACCGUUGCGCGCUUGUACUUUCCGCCUUCUCACCGCUCAAGCCCAUUUCAGUGCGUGCGUGGUCAUUCUCCCUAGUCUCUGCGCUUCUUGAUUGAGCUUUUGUGUGCUCGUCCGUCCGAAUCUCAUUCACCGCCAUGGUUGCGUGCAUGCUCCCUGUCAACACCCCACCCAGCAGUUGAUGAUGGUUGCCGACCGAGCGGAAGUGACCUCUUCAACCUUCUUGCCCUACGCUGAAACGCAUCAGCGUCAUGCAAGGGAGCAACCACACCAUGUGCAUCGAUCAGCUCCUUCCCCCUGGGCCCUGAAAACGCAUCGAAGGUGGAGGGAGAUGCGCCGCGGAA